AUGCGGGAGAGAGACCUACGGAGCGUGUGCAGAAGGGUGCUGCUGUUGGCCGUCUGUCUGGUGUCUCUCUGGGGACAGCUGACCCUCGCUUCGUCACACAGAAGUCACAUAGUGCAUGUCAAAGCAGGGACCUGUGAAGUGACCGCCGCCCACCGCUGCUGCAACAAGAACAAGAUCGAAGAGAGAUCCCAGACGGUGAAAUGUUCCUGCUUCCCCGGACAGGUUGCCGGGACAACAAGAGCGGCCCCAUCUUGUGUGGACGCAUCCAUAGUUGCCCAGAAGUGGUGGUGUCAGAUGCAUCCAUGUAUGGAUGGGGAGGAGUGUAAAGUUUUGCCUGAUCUGAAAGGCUGGAGCUGCAGUACGGGAAACAAAGUGAAGACGACGAAGGUCACGCGAUAGUGCUGUCUGUCCUGGAUCUGAAGACUUGGUGUCGUCAGUCAUUUCUUCCUUGACAGAAACCACUGGGUCUUCUUGGAUGUGAGAACUAUGUAUUGAAUGAUUUUGGGAAGGAACCAGGGACCACUAAGGGAACAUGGAAAACUCCUGAAAUUCUACUGAACGGAUGCAGAGCAGAGACUUGACCUGGAAAUAACAUAGAACCACCUAUCCAGACUACUGGACUACUGAUUACAUCCAAUUCCUAGCCGUUAUUGUAUCACCCACCAAAUUCCUGUUUGUGUUUUUUCCUCCAACGGACUACUACAGUAGGAGAUCCAACCUGCAAGGUAUUUAUUCAUUAAAAAGACAAACUGUGGAUUACGCAAGCAAGAUAAACCUUCAUUCGAAACAUGUGACGUGACAUUUUCAAAUCUUUUUCCUCUUUUUGUCACAGAGCUCAGUGACUCCAAAACAACGUGUCUGUGUUCGAGAUCGAUUUUAGAUCAUAAGCAUUUCCAUUCCUUUUUAGCCUUAUGAAGCAGAUGUCUCUUCUUUUUAAGGUAUUUGAUUUGGGAAAAAAAUAUGAAGUGUUUUUGAGAACUUGAGACAUCAAAGGAGAUGGCACAGUAGAAAAAACAGUUCUAACUACUACGUUUCAGUGUUUUGAAUGAAAAGACACCAUCCCACUGGGCACAGACGUCAAUUCAACGUCUAUUCCAUGUCGGUUCAACGUCAUUUCAUUGAUUGGACGUGUAAACAAUGUUGAUUUAACCAGUGUGUGCCCAGUAGGAUGGUUUCACCAAUCCAAUUAAAAUGACAUAAGCUGAGCUCCAACUGUUUUACUAACUGUUUUACUAUCUGUUUUUAAAAGCCUGGUGACCAACAUUGAGUAAAAGUGUCAGUAUUAUCUCAAUAAACCUAUUUCAAAAGGAUA